AUCAUUCACCGUCUCUGCGCUUCCAACAAAACGCAUCUGUCAAACUGGAACCUGCUGUUUUCGAAUUAUUUCCUAAUUCUCUUAUUUGCUGAAUCUAUUUAUUUUUCGUAACAAUGGCUGAUCCAGAACUGGAACAAAUAAGACAGCAACGUCUUGCUCAGUUACAGGCUCAACAUGGUGGGGCAAGUGGAGACCCAAAUAAUGCAAAAGCACAGGAAGAAAGAAUGCAUGCUAUGGAAGAAGCAAAACACACAAUUCUGGCACAAGCACUCUCCCAGGAUGCCCGGGCCCGACUGAAUACAAUCAAACUUAGCAGACCAGAGAAAGGUGCAAUGGUGGAAAACAUGAUCUGUAGAAUGGCUCAGAUGGGUCAAGUGCGCAACAAAAUAUCUGAACCAGAGCUUAUACAGAUGUUGGAGUCAAUUAACCAACAGAUGCCUAAGUCUAGCAGCACGGUCAAGUUUGACAGAAGAAGGGCUGCACUUGAUUCCGAUGAUGACGAUUUGUAGCAGAGUCUUCAUUUGAACACACUAAAUGUCACAAUGGAUAUAUUAUGAUGUUUGGCAAUAUCCAUCAAAUCGCACACAGGACUUACUAGGCUCUAAUACAAUUAAAAGCUUGUAUGUGAGAGUGGAAGUAAAAUCUGUUUUAUGGAUUUGCCUUCUUCAUUGUUAGUGUACAUUGUUGAUAUUAUAUUCAAUUCUAUUUUAAAACAUGUCUUGGAAUGAAAGUACAUUUUUGUCACUCAUGUUAGCUAUGCAUACACAUUAUGGGAUAUGAACUUAUUCUUUUAUAUUUGAUAAAAUGCUUAUUAAUACAAAUACUAAAGUCUGGCUAAUUAUAAAUAAAUAUUUAAGUGAAACUUACACAGUCCUAGAAUUGAUGGACUGGAUACACAUUCUAAUUUAACUAAUUUAUGAAAAUAAGUAUGUCUAACUUAGUCUCAUAAAGGUAACAAUAAUAGCUAUACUGCAGCAAUUCCAUACAUUUCAUUGAGUUACUAGUCUUCUCAAAGACUUGAUAAAAGCACUUUGUAAUUUUCAAUAAAGAAAGUAUUGGAAAUAUUGGAA